GUUUAUGCCACCCAGUCUCCUGACCAGUACACUGUCCUGUCGCAUGUCUUAGAUCUUGACAGACCUAUAUACGCUUUCAGAGACUUUGGCGGAACUUAUGAUCACAAGAAGAUUAAAAGAAUCGGAUCACAUCUUUGCUUUCUUGGCGUGUUCUUCCCACUCACAAGCAUCAUAACUGUUCUGUCUGCCCAAACACUAAUGCUGUGACCUAACCCUGCCUGCAUUGAUGCCAUCUGCACUGGAUUUUUCAGUGCAGGUGAAAUUCCUACAGAUAAAUGAGAGAAAUUGCUACAGAUUUAUCCACCGCCAGUGUAGGAAGACAGGAAGAAAGGACCACAGGGACGUACACGAUAUUUUUCAGAUGUGUUGUUAGUAAUGGGUGCUCUCUCAUUCCUCUCCUCCGCCUCCUCUUGGCACGCCACCUCGCUGAAUCCAUGGAGAAGCGCCCGCGCGGUCGGGCGAAAGAUAUCGACCACCACCAUGACGACGACGGCUCGGAAGAGGUCAGCAGCAGCGAGUGGGAGUUCAUCGACAUGUCGGAUGAAGAGGUAGACAUUAUUUGCAGGAUGUAUAGGCUCGUCGGCGACAGGUGGGAGAUGAUAGCGGGCCGAGUCCCCGGCCGGACACCGGAGGCGAUCGAGCGGUACUGGAAGAUGAGGCACGAGCCAUGCUUUGCGGAGAGGAGGCUGAAGAGAAGGAGAACACAGAUCAGACAACAGAGGCUCGGCUGAUGGCAUUGAUGCCUCUCGUGUAAUCAUGGAGGCAGAUGUGUGUACGUCGCAUGGGCCAUAUGUGUGGCUGCCCAAAGCACUGCAACUUUUAAUUCCGCAUAAGGAUUUGUCCCUAUCGUAGGCCAA